AUGGAGAUGGAAGCAAGCACCGGCCGCCAUGCGGUGGAGGCGCCGCCACACAGGAGCACUGUCCGGAAGCUUAAAACCCGACUGAAGGAGACGUUUUUCCCGGACGAUCCCCUCCGACAGUUUAAGGGGCAGUCUUGGAAAGUGAGACUGCUCCUCGGUUUUCACUACGUAUUCCCGAUACUCGAGUGGGGCCCUAAAUACAGCCUCAGCCUCCUCAAAUCCGAUGUCGUCGCUGGUCUCACCAUUGCAAGCCUCGCCAUACCUCAGGGCAUAAGUUACGCAAAGCUCGCUAAUUUGCCACCAAUUCUUGGUCUAUAUUCAAGUUUUGUGCCUCCAUUGAUAUAUGCUGUGCUUGGGAGCUCAAGGGAUCUUGCAGUCGGUCCAGUUUCAAUUGCAUCCCUGAUAAUGGGAUCAAUGUUGAGACAUCAAGUUUCACCAACUAAAGACCCCAUUCUGUUCCUUCAGCUGGCUUUCACCUCAACUUUCUUUGCAGGCCUUUUUCAAUCUUCUUUGGGCUUCCUAAGGCUCGGAUUUAUCAUCGACUUUCUUUCGAAAGCAACGCUGAUAGGAUUUAUGGCGGGUGCAGCAAUUAUUGUUUCCCUUCAGCAGCUAAAGAGCCUUAUGGGGAUUACACAUUUUACCAAACAGAUGGGGAUUGUUCCUGUUUUGACCUCUGUUUUCCAAAACAUACACGAG